AGAUGUAGAAUUUAAUGCUGAACAGAAUAAUACAAUUUUUAAACUAGGCAAAUGAACCACUGGUUACUAAUUAUCUAGGAACUGGAUCUGCAUUCAACCAUAGAAUCUCCGUAAGGUUCGGGUAUUUCUGAACUUGGUUGAUUUUUUUAAGAAUGUUUGCAGAUCUCCGAUUUUUGGAUUACUUAUUGUACUAUGUGUAGAUCUCUCAUGGCUAAGCAUGAAAAUUUUUCUUUUAUUAAUUAACUGAAAAUGAUCGCAGUCAUGACCGAACUUGAACGUUCGGAUUCGCUGCAUGGCUACUAGGGACGCGUUAACGAAACUCCGUGCAUAACGGAGAUCUGCAUACGUACAUUUUGAUAUAAUAAGAUGAAAAUCAAUAAUAAUGAAGCAUUUAAACUAGAAAAGAAAAGUUCGAAUCACACAUGUUGAAUAUUAUGCGUUAAUUUCAUAGUAGAGAUUUUCACACAAUGAGUUCAUAUGUAAAACUCUAGAUUAAAUAAUCUUGGUACUAUAUAUUAAAAAAAUGAUCAAUAGUUAUUAUUGAGAACAUCUGUCGAUCACUUAUUCAAACCAUUGAUACUUCAUUGCCAUUGACUGAACGAUAGCUGAAUGCGUUUUCCUCUUCUCGACGCAUCGGGUACGAAUCAAGUUAUCCACAUCUAACCAUCAUUUUGAAAUGAGCAAAUGACGAGUGCAUAUUCGAAAUCAAUUUUUCAAAAACUCGAUUCUAUUUCGGAGCUAUAAGAAUGUAGAGAAAGAUAAUUAAUAGCUAAAAGUUUCCUUAUAUAGUCAUAUAUAAUUUAAACAGAAAAAGAUACUUGAUAUUUCAGAUGCUAUAUGCCGUAGUUGGUUCAGAUUUAUUUGAGUAGCAGUCUAGUUCUUUUUUCUGUUAUCUAUGUAAAUAUGUAGAUAUUUGUUAGAAAUGAGAAAUUUAAAGUGUACAACACCUAUUGAUAGAAGAAUAAAAUUUUUAGAAUUGUUCCGCAGAACGAGACUUAUUAUUCAUAGAAAGAUUACUAUUAUUCUUAUCAGUAAAUAUUUCAUUAAUAAUUUUAUUUUAUUUUAUAAUAUUAGGAAAAUCUUGCUUAUUCAAAGAUGAUUAUAGAAAAUCAACAGAAUGUUUUGAUCCAAUAUUUCAACGUUGUCCACAAUUUAUGAAAAAAAAUAAAGAAUCUAUAUUAAUUCAUUUAUGUAUAUCAAAAAUGCAAUUUGGUUAUACACCUUGUUUAAAAAUUAUUUCAAAAUAUAAAUUAAAUGCUUUUUAUGAUUUACUUUUGUCUGUAAAACAAGGUUUAUUACUUCAUAUUGAAACAUUAUAUUUAUUAGCUGUACGAAAUCUUUUUCGUCAAGUAUGGUUAUUAAUGAAUAAAGAAAAUAAAAUAUCAAUUGAAAUAUUUACACGUGCAUUUCAAUGGAGUAAUCAUGAUCAAACAUGUGAUCAAUUACAAUGUGCUACAUUAAUGGCUACAUUAAUUUGUCAAAAUCGUAUAAAAGCUUAUAUAUCUUAUAAACAUAUGACUGUUGUACUAAGCAAAGAAGAUCCAUUUCCUAAAAUACAACAGAUUAUUUAA